GAAACCUUAAAAUGAAUGGUUCUAAAGCUAUGCUUAAGGAGAUAAUAGAUAGACUGAAUCCAUUGAAAUUUGAUGAUUGCGUUGGUGAGAAAGUGGCAAUCGCCCCGCCGUCAAUAUUUCUCGACCUGGCCCAAAAAUCUGUUCGUAAGGGUAUCAAUGUUGCCGCCCAGAAUUCUUUUAACUGCACUAAAGGAGCUUACACUGGUGAGAUCAGUCCUGAACAAUUAAAAGACCUUGGUAUUGAUUGGGUAAUCUUGGGCCACUCUGAACGUCGGGAGAUCUUUAAAGAAUCGGAUGAAUCUGCAUUGGCGAAAAAUUGGAGGAUCGAGAAUCUGGAAAAAACUCAGGAUGUUGUGAUUAGACAACUUCGAGCUAUAGUUGAAAAAAUCGAGGAUUGGAAGAAUGUUGUGAUUGCUUAUGAACCUGUUUGGGCUAUUGGUACAGGAAAAGUUGCAACGCCACAACAAGCUCAGGAAGUUCAUUUUAUUAUUCGAGAUUGGUUAACAAAGAACGUAUCCGAAAAAGUAGCACAAGAUACACGCAUUAUCUACGGAGGUUCCGUUAAAGGCACGAAUUCUUCAGAACUUGCGGAACAACUUGAUGUUGAUGGAUUCCUUGUAGGUGGAGCAUCCUUAACAGAAGAUUUCAUUAAAAUUAUCAAGUGUUUCAUGCCUUCCGAAAAUUAA